CCCUGCAGCAGCAACGGUCUUAGUGAAUGCAAGCCCUGUGUCUGCGUGGAGUCCAUUGUCUAUGAACCUAACAUGCCCUUGGCCUUUUAUUCUGGUGUUUUUAAUUACUGGUAGCCAAGUUUUGGUUAAUUAGAAUCUCUUCCUUGUUGAAGUUUUCUUGGUAUUUAUGGAUUUCAAUGGCUUCCCUGUGUAGUCUGACAUAGUGACCUUUUUUGUCCAGAAUUUGACAAUGUUACCUACACUCUGAAAUAAAGACUUUAGAACAAAUCUACAGUUUCCGUUGUUUCCAGACCCGAGGUCUGACAGACUCCUGCAGAAGUGAGGGGGUCUCUCUUGUCCUUUGCUGAGCGUAGCAUCUGUGAUUCCCUUGAGAGGCAUGACAUCGGAAGAGCUGUCUUGGCCUGUCCCAAUGAAGGCAAUCGGGGCACAGAACCUGAUGACGAUGCCUGGAGGAGUGACCAAGUCUGGAUACCUGCACAAAAAAGGAGGCACGCAGUUCCAGCUUUUAAAGUGGCCACUGAGGUUUGUGAUUGUCCACAAGGGCUGUAUUUACUACUUUAAGAGUAGCACAUCUGCAUCCCCCCAGGGUGCCUUCUCACUGAAGGGCUACAAUAGGGUUAUGCGGGCAGCAGAGGAAACAACAUCAAACAAUGUAUUUCCUUUCAAGUUGGUCCACAUUAGCAAGAAGCACAGGACCUGGAUUUUUUCUGCUGCCUCUGAAGAUGAAAGGAAGGAUUGGAUGGCCUCACUUAGGAGAGAAAUAGAUCGCUACCAUGAGAAGAAGGAAUUAGUCACUGACUUAAGUGAUUCUGGUUCAGAUGUUGACAGUUUCUAUGGUUCAAUAGAACGCCCAAUUAAUAUCAACUAUUCUCAGCAUUCAAUAGAAAAUUCAGAUUAUGACCAGGAUGAAGACGAAGAAUACUUACAGCCGGAUAAUGCUGAUGGUGUAAAAUGUGAAGAUCACGCAGUCUUUCCACCAGCAUACCCACCUCCUCCAGUCCCACAGGUGGGAAAACCUUCCUAUUCAGCGAACUGUGUUCGUUCAGUCUCUAGCAAGAGUGGCGUGCCUGUGCUUCCUCUGCCACCCCCCAAGAAAAACUUACCUGAUUUUAAGCCCGAAGCUCGCUUGUGUAUGAGAGAGGACCUUCCUUUUCAGCGCCAAGCUACAUGUCACGUGAGACCCAAGCUAGCGCAUCAUCAAGCAAGUAGCCCAGCACUGAUAACACCUCCCGUUCCUCUAGCCAGAAAGCUCCCUUGCCUCAUAGAGCCUGGCUGUCAGUCACCUGUACGUUUGCCCCUCAACCACACCUCAGCUACGUCAGAAGAGAGUGAGAAGCUAACAGAGUUAAAGGUGUCUUCAAAGGGUCCACCUCCACUUCCAAGCAGCAAGCCCAGAUUGAAACGCUGCCCUCUGAUGCCAGCAAAUGCCAAACCUCCAAGGGAAUGUGGCAAGCCUGAACUAUUGACACCCAAAAUGCUGGCUGAACCUCUAGCAUCUACUGAGCAUCAAGCAUCUACUGUGCCUUUAUCCAAGCAGAAGAAGCCUCCCCCUCCACACAUAGGUUCUGUCUCUGCUAGGAGGUCAUCCCCAGAUGGGCAGAGCUUCCGAGGUGCCUCUGAGAAGACAGCAAUGCCUUCACAACCAGCCGUGCCUGGGACAGACUCCGACGAUGACUAUGAAAAAGUUGAACUCCCUAAUUCAGUAUUUGUCAAUACAUCUGAGUCCCUUGAAGUUGAAAGGAUGUUCAAAUCUGAAAAUCUGACAGGACAUCCAAAAACGGGAUUAUUCUGCAUUAGGAACUCAUCAACGAAAACUGGAAAGGUGUUAGUUGUGUGGGAUGACUCCAUUGAGAAAGUGAGAAACUAUAGAAUAUUUCAACAGCAGGACUCAAAGUUUUACCUGGAGUCAGAUGUGCAGUUCCCAAGUCUUGGAAGUCUAGUUGAACACUACCUCUGCCACACCUUGCCUGGCCACAACAGUCUGAGGCUCCAGUUUCCUUAUGGCUGUUCUGGAUCAAGGUGAUGCACCUUCAUCAUCUACACUGUAAUGAAGAGGAAUAUGGGAUCGGAAGAGAAGAGAAGUGCUUUCCUGCCUCAUAAACUGGUCAUGGAUUUCAGUACUGGACAAUUUCUGAUUAUGGUUCUCUUACAGACUAUAUGGUUUUAUUGAAGGAACUGCCUGCUACCCAUUUUCAGAUUGGAUUGGGUUGCUGGAUAACAUAAUUAAAAGAUUGCAUUGCUAGAAGAAAGCUAAGACAGGUUGGUGCAAUGGAAUUUUUGCAGACUUGCCUGUUCAGCAGAACUACUGAUUUUCCUUCUCUCAGUAUGUGGUCAUGAGGCUGAAUAGCAGAGGAAAACCCCCAAAAGCCAGACAUGUUUUGCUGACUUGUUUGCCACAAUUGCUUGACAAGGUAUUGCAGCAGGACUCAAAUUGGUAUUGAAGUGGUUGAUAAUGCUCUUUAUUAUUAUGUUCAGAAUUACAAAAGAAGAAACAAACUGGAAAAAAAAAGCUAGAUCUCCUUGUAAUGUUGGAUACUUUUGCUAUUUCCAAUUUUUGCUACCAAAACAUGCUGCAAUCAGUACAUUUUCAACCCGGUUCUGAUGUUUCCUUUACAGUGCUUUUCUAAGAUGAGCUAAUAGGGUGUGUUAUAUCCAUUCAUGUUUUCCAUUAUUUGGUUUAUAACUUCAUUUGAAGAGGUUUUAAAAUUCAGGACCUGUACUAAAACUUGUUGUAUAUUCUGUAUUUUACCUGGACCAAGAUCCAAACAGUUAUUUUACACAUGCACACACACUUUAAUCAAACUGUAUUCUGUCUAGAGACAAUGAAACAUACCUCUGCAAACUAUCUGCAUUUAAAAUGCUGAAGAAAAUUUUGUAUUUUUAAGAUGAUAUCUUGAAAUGCAAUCUAGCUGAGCAAAGCUAUGUUAGCACUGUGUACAAUGUGGACUACUAUUUUUCUUUGCAAUUCUAUGGACGUAUAUUCUUUUGUUAGAGAAACACACUUAUGGUUAACUUCUACCAAUAAAUGUAACUUGAUUUUUACAGAUUUUAAAAGAUA